GGAGAAGCUGUAGAGAGAAUCAGAAAUGGCAGGGGCAUUCAUCAAUGUUCCAACGGAGAUAUCUAUGAUGGGGAGUGGAAAGACGACAAGCGCCACGGAAGGGGCCUCCUCAGAUACGUCAGCGGUCUGGAGUACAACGGCCAGUGGGUGGUUGACAAGGCCGAAGGUCAUGGCGUGUGCAUGUACGUCAACGGGGACAAGUACGAAGGCGAAUGGAAGCAAGAUCUACGCUGGGGCUGGGGAAAGCAAAUUUUCACCGAUGGGGAUAUGUACGAAGGUGAAUGGAAGAACAAUGCCAUGGAUGGCAGUGGUCGAUACACGUAUGCGGAUAACAGCUACUUCCAGGGAAAGUUUUCGGAAGGUGUGCAAGUGUCCGGCAAAUACUCAUCUGCAGACGGAUCUCUAGAGUAUGACGGGCAAUGGAAAGGUGACAUGCGCCACGGACAGGGAACAUUUCAUCUGUCAGGCGCUUACAAGUACACGGGCUCAUGGUUCGAAAAUGCCCGCCAUGGACAAGGAAAGUGCGUCUACUUUGAUGGUGCUUUGUACGACGGCGAGUGGCAAAGUGACGAGAGGCACGGAACUGGAAGGUAUAAGGAUGCCGAUGAAGAAUUUGAAGGGAUGUGGAAGCAUGAUGUGAAAGAGGGAUACGGCACCUCAAAAUCCAUAUCUGGUGGCCGCUAUCAAGGGCAGUGGAAACAAGGAGCUGAAGAUGGCAACGGCAAGCGAUUGUAUCCUGACGGAUCCGUAUAUGAGGGUCAGUGGACCAACGGAAAACGAUGCGGGAAGGGUAAAUUCACGGAUGCAUCGACAAAAGAAGUUUACAAUGUAUAUGGAACCAAAUUCAGGGGUGAAUGGGAAGACGAUUGUUGGCUUCAGAGCACUGCAGAUCCAACAUUCACAAAGGUGCAUGGUCCAGGACUUAGUAGGGGAAUCGCCGGCGAACCAAGUGUAUUUGUGAUUGAAGCUCGCGAUGAGCUCAAAAACAAGUAA